UACUUGCAGUGAAUAUCGGAACGUAGCCGAAGACGCACAUCAGCUAACAACUAUUUAGGAACUGCGCUAUCAUCAUUGAUUAACCGAAGCGUACCGAACGCGACCGAUCGUCGACGAAUAAUUACUUUAUCGCUGUUUAACCUGCUUAUUGUCUGUCUUACGCAGUAUGUGAUAUGUGUAUAUCACAUUCAAUCCUACAUUCCUUUUAUUAUUCAAGUAUGUAAAAACUCAAUCGAAUUCUAUAAAUUGGCGUUAAAUACGCAAUCUUUCUCCAGUGCAUCUGCGUAGUAAAUAUAGUUGCAAAUAAAUAAUCAUUAAAACGUAAAAAGGGAUGUCAGAGAUACGCAAACGAAUGGUUGGCGAUGCGUCAGCAUCGCGAGAUGUUAGUGAUGAUCAGAAAGAAGAUGUGGAGUCUGAAGAUGAUGCAAAAUUGGAGGUAGAAGAAUUGACCAAAACUCUGCCUCAAGGAACUGAUCAUACUCCACAUAUUUUAAAUUCUCUUCUCUCUGGUCUUCCUGAUCGUUGGCGGAAUUGGAUAAUUAGAACCAUUUUUACUUGGUUCAUGAUAGCUGGAUUUUGUCUUAUCAUUUAUGGAGGCCCAUUAGCAUUGAUGGUUACAACAUUGGUAGUACAAGUGAAAUGUUUUGAAGAAAUUAUUAAUAUUGGAUAUGCUGUAUAUAGAAUCCAUGGUCUACCAUGGUUCAGAUCUUUAUCGUGGUAUUUUUUAAUAACUUCCAAUUACUUUUUUUAUGGAGAAAACCUAAUGGACUAUUUUGCUGUGGUAAUUAAUCAAACAGGAUAUUUGCGUGUACUUGUAACAUAUCAUCGAUUUAUUUCAUUCUGUCUCUACAUUGUGGGUUUUGUAUGGUUCGUACUUUCACUCGUAAAGAAGUACUAUAUGAAGCAAUUCUCUUUAUUUGCUUGGACACAUGUUGCAUUACUUAUUGUUGUGACACAGAGCUAUCUCAUUAUUAAAAACAUAUUUGAAGGAUUAAUAUGGUUUAUUGUCCCUGUUAGUAUGAUUGUGAUAAAUGAUGUGAUGGCAUAUAUGUUUGGCUUUUUUUUUGGACGAACGCCAUUAAUAAAAUUAUCUCCAAAGAAAACUUGGGAGGGUUUUAUCGGCGGUGGUAUUUCAACUGUCAUAUUUGGAUUAUUGAUGUCAUAUGUCAUGUGUCAAUACCGCUACUUUGUCUGUCCUAUUGAAUAUAGUGAAGCUUUAGGAAGAAUGACUAUGGAUUGUGAGCCAUCCAGUUUGUUUCAACCACAAGAAUAUACAUUACCAAAGAGUCUUCAAGUGAUAUCAAAAAUGUUCAAUGGAAGAUCUACUUUAACAUUGUAUCCAUUCAUCCUGCAUUCAUUGUCUCUAUCAUUAUUCAGUUCUGUAAUCGGACCAUUUGGAGGAUUUUUUGCUAGUGGGUUUAAACGAGCGUUCAAGAUCAAGGAUUUUGGUGAUGUAAUUCCUGGUCAUGGUGGAAUCAUGGAUAGAUUUGAUUGUCAAUAUUUAAUGGCAACAUUUGUGAAUGUUUAUAUUACUUCAUUUAUUCGUAUUGCGUCACCUCAAAAAUUAUUGCAACAGGUUUACAAUCUGAAGCCAGAACAACAGGUACAACUUUUCUUAUCAUUAAGAGAUUCAUUACAGAAUAGAGGUAUGCUAAAUGCUUAUUAAUAUUAUAAGUUAAAUGCAUUUGUAGUAACAAACUCUCCUGCAGGGAUUAUUUUUAUCCAUGAAAAAUAUUAGAAAAGAUUAUCUUUUCUAAUAUUUAAGAAGACGUUAUAUGCAGAUAGCAAUGCAAUCAGUAUCAAAUAAUUAUAUUUUGUUAAACUAUGACAAUGAAAUUUAUUCUUUAAUUAGAUAAGGAAAGAUUAUAUAAUGAUAAAUCUGUCUAAUUGAAAUUAAUAUGGCCAGAGACACAAUUUAUAUGCAUUUUUUUAUCUCAUUUUUUAUUGAAAAUAAAGAUGCAUUUUUUAAUAUUAGGAAUGGAACUUUUCCUGCUAUAGUCUGUUUCUUAUGAAAUUCGUAUUCAUAUCAAGAACAUUUUUGUUUAUGUAGUAACAAAACUAUGAUGCACGUGCAAAUGUCAUAGUAUAAAUAACAAUUUUAUGUUACUUCUGUGAUUGACUCUGGCUUAAGAACAGUCAAUUGGAUAAAUCUAUCAUAUGGCAUUAGCUAUAUUUCUUGCAUUCCACAUUAGAUAGUCAGAAAUCUAUCAAAUGUUAGUAAUUUAUAUUAAACUACAGUAUCGGUUAAAAGAAAAAUUAAUAUUUUUUUAUUUUUGUUUAAAGCCUUUGAACCAAAGAAUUACACAUUAUAAAAAUCUUGUGUUAUGCAUAACAAUAUUUACAAAAAGCUCCAACUUCUAAAAUAUCUGCUUAUAAUUUUCGAUUAAAUGCAAUUAAAUAUUAAAAUAUUCUAUUCAAGGUAUCUUUGCUUAAAAUAUAUAGAUCUCAGUAUAGUUUUUAUUUACAGUUGUGCAUUUAAAAUCCGAUAGAAACGUGCGCGAAUCUCACUUGUAUAUAAAAUCAUAUUAUUUGUUUUCUUACUUAGAAUUAUAAUCUUAGAAUUAAUUUUAGUAUUGGUGUAAAAACAUGGACAAUUCUGAGUCGAUAUAAGUCUGAUUUAAUCUUUUGUUAAAUACGUUCUUUUUAUUAGAAUUAGAGUAUUUAUUGCCACGUUUAAGGGAAAAAUACUUUAUUAACAUGAUUUAUAUACUGUAUGUAAGUAUUAUCAUUGUGGGGAAACGAUUUUACUUUGAAGUUUAGCAUUAUACCUUCUUUCUCUUGUUACAUUGAACAUUACAUUCGUACUCGACUAUUGAAUAUAGCAAAAAAAAGAUAAGUUGACAUUGAGAUUACGACCAAAUAAAGUUAUGUUUAUUUCACUAUUAAGUAAUGUUUAUUUCACCUAAUUAUUAUUAUUUUUAUCACCGCGAUAUUAGCGAGUAUAUAUACCAAAAAUAUUCAGAUAAGACAAGAUCAAUUUUUAAUGUUUAUGUGUUUAUGUGAAAAUCCAAGAACUGUCCCAUGAGUGUAUGCAUAUCGGAGUACUAAUUCAUUUCAUACAAAGCACUUUGUUAGUUUGUAAGAAUGUAUUGCUGCUUGGAAUUUGUAAAUUGUUACAUGGAAUACAUAUAUCAUUUAGUCCUUAUUAUUGUGAGCAUAGUGUUUAUGUUACACUAUUAUAUACAUAAUGCUAAACUUCAUGGAAUUUGUGUUAUCGCGAUCCUUUAUUAUAUGUAUAAUAGUGAGAAAAAAUAAUUAUAAAUGACUUUUCAGACAAAAUCAAUCUCCAUUUAUUAAUUGCCAUUUGCAAUUACUGAAAAAUAAAAUGAUGGAGUUAAUAAAUAGAAUGAAUUUGUCUGCUAUAUUCGUAUUGUGUAGUGAAUGAUAUUCUGCAGUUAUAUCAUAUAAUUUAUAAGAAUACAUGAUCAGAUACUACAUGAUCAUCUAUUUUGCCAUGUCAUACAAUAAGCAAAAUCAACCAAAUAGGUGUUAGUUGAAGAAAUAAUCUUAAAGGUGAAAAGUUAGUUUAUUUUAUUAUGCUUCAAAUCGUUUAUGAUAUAUAUUAUUUAUAAUUGUGCCAAUCAUAUUUGUUACAAAAAAUCUCUUACAUAAAUUGUCUUAUAUGUAUUAAAUUUGUGUGGCACAAUUAUAGACAUAACUUUCUGUGAUUAGAUUAAUACAAAUUAUAUAAAUGUUUCAUACUGUUAGAAUACACUUGGAUCUUAAUAUAAUUCUUAACUUGAAAGCACUGGCUUUAGAAUAUAUCGUCCUAAAGAAAUUCGAUAAAUGUGCAACAAUCUGCUUCUGUUAUCAUUUUUCUAUCUAUCAUUUUGGUUUUCAUGCCUGGUUUUUUGCUUUUUUUUAUAUAAUGUAUUAUAUUAAGAUCCUUGUAUAUGUAUAAACACACAUGGUACGUCAUGCGUGGAAAGAUAUAUUGUACCUAUAAUUAUAAAAAGAAAUAAGUUUACAGAUCCUUGUCCUUAAAUGCUUAUGAUAUCUAUAGUGAAAACUUAAUGGUUAUUAAAUGAUCAGAGAAA